UGACAAAUUAAUUCAAAUUAACAACGAAAAUUAUUGAAACGGAUUUUUUUAUUCAACAAUAUUACUAUAUAUUGUACAAUUAGUAAUGUUGAUUGACAGAAGAUUGUGUCCUGGUACAGACUCUCUAAGUAAACAGAACUGCGAAAGAAUUCCCAGGGAUGGAAGCAAACUGUGAAAUUUUGGAGCCAAAUUAAAAUAACGUCAUUUUGUGCAUUUAUGCGAAAAAAAAUUUUUUUCGAAAAAUCCUAAAAUCUAUCAUACAGUGAUUUUGUGCGAGGUGUAAAUGUUUGCAGGAAACUACCAUACUUUCCAUGUUGUAUAGAAAAGAAAUAGUAUUCAGUUUCGCCGCUCGUCAAAUUACAGCAAAUUAAUAACGAAGAUUAUCACGUAACAGUUUAUCCUUAUGUAUUGGCUGUUACGAUACAUUUUAAUAAGUGUUCAAAGGGCUAAAGAAGCAGUUUAAUAUCUGUACUAUUACUAUAAUUUAAAGUAGUGAUUGCAAAAACGCUUACCUGAGUUAAAAGAAAGAAUAAAAACUAGGUGCUUUUAUUAAUCACAUAGCGAGUAGAAAACCCCAAAACUAAAUAGUGAAAGGAGAAAAAUCUGACAUGUAACAUUAUUAUUUCGGACAGAAGAAUCAACUAGAGAUGGGCAAUUCGCUCUUGAGCUGUUCCAGUGAAUCGAAUCAUUGAAGUGGACUGACAGCUCACAGCUCUUUUCAAAGGAACCGCAGCUCACCAGCUCACUCAUUUGCUACCCAGUUCACUGCACUAUGACGCAGGGAACACGCUACGAGCUGAUCGGAUUUUCGGCUCUUUAAGAGAUUCAAUUUAGUCGACAUCAAUUAAAGAUAAAUUAUUUCGCAUGGCAUUCAUUGCAUCAUUGCAAAUCAAUGAUUCAAUUUCGAUCAUGCAUUUGAAAAAAACCGGUGCAUAAGAAAAACGGUGCACAAAAUGAACCUUAAGUUCAAAAUAAAAGAGCUGAUGAGCUGAUACAUCGAAUCGAUUCACUUUGGUGAGCUGAUCGGUUCGGAGCUGUUCACCAAAAUGAGCUGUUUUGCACGCCUCUAGAAUCAACUAUAAAUAUUGUCGCAGCAGCACUAAGCUGCCAUUCGCUGGACAGUCCAGUGCAGCGACGAUUCCGAGCGACGUCAGUUGACCUAUCAGAGCCAUGUUACAUCAUACAUAUUUUGUUGUCUUGAUUAUUUGCCUCGUGCUUUAUCAUGAAUGAAUAAAUUUUCUUGCCUCCACUAUCAGAACACAUAACAAAGAAAUAUCGCUUUCUGUAUGCUGUAUUCUGUAUUUGAUGGGUAAGUCGAUGUCUUUCACGCAGUCCGCCUGGGUUCGAUUCUCAACCCCGCACAUAGAAUCAGAAAAUUUUCUGGCCCGAAGAGGUGAAUGACAUUAGGGUUAAAACCUCUAUGACAAAAAAAAUAAUGACGUGAAUACGCCUUACAUUAGUGUGAGACGCGAAGUGAUAAGGUGUGCCAUCGUGAAUAUGAUCAGUAUGAUAACCAUAAAUAACUAAAAAAUAGGUUUAUCGCAAUUUUUGGAGUUACGAGUUCGAGUAUCGAGAAGUGAAACCAAAACGCUUACUUGACUUUCUCAUAUUCUAACAAAUCUUUUCAACGCCAUUCGCAACAAAUGUGACAAUGUUUAGUGAAACUGUGAAUUCUUGAAAAAAAACACUCAACAUUGCCUAACCGCGGAGAAAUAUUAUUAAUCGGUUCUUUUUCAGAGCCAACUGCUCCUAAGCAGUUGUCACGCAGCGAGGUUUUCAUUUGUGAAAAGAAAUUCCAUUGGACUAUAAACGAAAAUUCCAACCAGCGUGAUCACCACGAGAUAGCGUUAUGGUGAUUGUUUUGACAUAUCCCAUGUAUUCAGAAAAAAAAUUUGAACGAAUGCAGAUGGUAAAACCUUACAAAUAUGGGUAAAAAAAUGAUUAUUCACAUCAAACAUAUGAUUUAAAAUUGUCUUAUACACUUGAAAAUGUCGGAUGAAAUUUGAAAUUUUCAGUUCACAUACAGAUUUGAUUUAGAUGAUAAAACAUGAGUAAAUAGACGAGUAAAACAAUUUUCGAUCAUUAUUUAUCAAUAAAUCUUAAAAUCCAACCAUUAAAAAACAAAGAAUUUCCCAGAUAUGAAAACAGUACCCAACCUCACUUCUUCGAAUUUGAUAUUUCAUCUUACGAUUUCUCCAUAAAUAUCAAUCAAACAGUCCGCGGAAGGUUACUGAAUCAUUCAUGAUCGAUUUUUUUACCAAAUUUGUAUGUUAGUAUUCGAUUCCUAAGAAAAAAAAAUAAAAACCUGACGGUACAAGAACUGGAUGCAAAUAGUUACCACAUAGAACCAUAAAUUUAAAAUUUGUUUUGGAAACAGAGUUUAGAAUUCCUGUUUACAAAAUGACAUAAACAUUCGAUACGUUUGAGAAUCGUUUGAACACUUUGCAUAUUCUAUGAAGGAAACAUAAAGAAAAUUAUAUUCUUCAAGAUAAUUCGGAGCUAACUCGAUUUCCAAAUGGAUUCCGAAUCAGAUGCAACAACCGAUUCCGAACCGAUCCGAGUUGGAAUCGGUUGUUGCUUCUGAUUGGAAAUCCAUUGGUGAAUCAUACUGAAUACCGAAUCAAAUUCCAGACGAGUAGACUGGAUUUCUUUUCGUACUAAUGUAUCUAAAAUUACGCAAUUAUCAAAACGGUUGCAGCCACCGUAUGCACGCUUAAAAAUAGUUACUCAAAAAUGAGUAAGAUUCCACUCAUCUACAGAAAAAGUGGAACAACUCUAAUUUAGAGUAACUCCUUAGUUACUCAAAUUUGAGUUCUUCCACUGGAAACGAUUUUUGGGUAAAAUCUACUCAUUUACUGAGUAAUGCUUCAUUAGUUAAAUUCUGAAUGAAAUUUUAUCCCACAUAUACCAAAUUUGCGUAAAAUUGACACGCAAUACAUAAAAUAAUCAUACUGUGUUUAUUUAUUAUUCCGUUUACAAUUGAUUUCUAACUUCGAGAUAUCAUAUCAAGUGGCGAUCGCUUGGAGUAGUGUGUCAAUCGUAGCUUAACACACAUGUCAGUACUGCUCAGGCACCAAUCAGACACUUGUUCCUCAUAAAUGGCACACUUGAGCAUAUUUGUUUCCAUUCUGAAGCACAGUACGGAUCACUUCUGGACACAAUAACUGCUUCGAUGGCACAACCAAGAGGACAGUCUAAAAAUUAUGGUUUUUGCAGACACAACACCGUUUGUGUUAAGCAACUCACUCUUGAAAUACGCGAUCUCACUGACAAAAAAUAGAACCUGUUGCUACAAAUGGUUAUUACAACUUUUAGAGUGAUCUUGCGAAUAGUAACAAAAAAACGAGUUUUUGCGUUAAACUCAAAUUUAGAAUAAGAGUUACUCAUUAUUAUUGAUGGUAACUACUCAAUUUUUGACGUUUCCAUGUAUCAUUUGAAAAUGAGUAACUAGUACUCAAACUCUGAGUAACUUUUUCUAAGCGUGUGGUAUGCUACUAUCAUACAAGAGUCUCUGAUAUAUAAGAGUCACGCGAAGACAUAGAACUGGUGCCCCAGUCACUGAACGGUUUUUUUGUUAUUUGCUCUGGCAUCCAGACAAGUUUUAUGAACUUGUUUUGCCAUUUUUAAUGAACCUGUAAGGGUAGCAAUGAUGAAUUCUUCAUACAAAUUUGGAAUGUCAUUACUUUAGUAAUCAUUAAAAAUGGCAUUAACAAUUCUCGUGUAAGGACCGCUAUAAGAGUAGCUACUGUGGACCAGCGCCGCUUUUACGUAUUAUGGGGCCCGGGGGCUAGAUUUUUUUGUGUGCCCCUAGCUCAUAAAUACGUUUAUUUCUCAAGGCAAUUUACGCUUGCUCUUUAGCACAUCCAUGAGGUACCAAAACCUAAAUAACAAUUCACAUCAGUUUUGCUUCGCCUUAGCAUCCACUAUGUACAGUAUUUUAAACCUAAUGUGAUUCCAAUAUAGUCACAACGAUUUGCAUAUAUCUCUCACAUUCGGUGUUAAUCAAAUUUCUUGUGGAUUUUUAAACUUGGAUAGUAAUGAUACUCGUCUUGAGUUUUUCAGUAACCAAAUAAUGUUUAUUUAUUUUGUUAAUGUUUCUUUACUUGUGAUAAGGAAUAACAAAAAUUUUGGUUUACAGUAAAGACUAAUUUGCUAUGAAGAAAGCCUUUAAAACACAGGGUAAUGUCACAGCAAUUUAGUACUUAACGAACAGACGGCUACGCAGUGUUUUAUCAUAGUUAAUGUGUUCAUAUUUCCCAUCGAUUUAUAGAAAGGUAAUAUACCAGCAAUUCUUCUGUCACUUAAUUGUCGCAUUGUUCAUAUGUCAUGUCCUAUGAACAGUGAAAUGACCCUAGUGACUUACGUACUCAUUGUAUCUGAAUUUCGGAUGAAACGCUAAUUUGUUCAGAAGCCGGGGAAGGCAUUUCAAUUUCUCACUGAAUUGUAAACACAUACCGUAGCAAACCGAAUGGUAUGGAAGCAAAAGUGGAGCAUCCUCUUUACCAGCAAGGACAAUGUCCUUAUAAAAAAGCAAACUUUGGUCAAUCUAAUUAUCUCAGAUAACAACGACAAAGAAUAAAAAUUGUGCUGGUUCACUAAAGAGUAAAAGUCCAUCAAAAGGUCGCUACACCUAAACUAAAGUAAAGAUAACAAACCGAUUAAAAACAACAACCUAAGACGACAUAACCCAAGCAUACAGAUAAAAAGCCGAUAACUAGCCUGUAAAGAAAAUAUUGCUUACUUGAAUGUUUACCAUUUUAAGUGUAAACAUCUUAGAUAAGUUUAUUGAAGAAAUACUUAGUGCCGUGCAUUUUAUAGAAAAAAUAUACCAAAAUAAAUAAAAAAAAGAUGUUGCCACAUUAUCCAAUAAAUCAGAGUUAGAUAAAAUUACAAAAAAAAAUUAACGAAAGUUAUUCUUUGAAUUUAUUAUGAACCGCAAUGAAAGUUUUCGAUUCUUUAAAGUACAUGUCGCACACUGUUUCGUUUAUCGAAUUUAAUUACCAAAAAAACAAAACGAUAUUCGUCCUCUGCUGAGUUAACCCGCAUAUUAUGUCACCAGUCAUACUAUAGUUAUAAUCAAAUCACCAUAACAAAUUAAGUCGAACUAAAACGGUAAUCUCGAGCUUUUAUAUCUAAAUGCGAUUGUUUCUAUAGCAAAAAAAAUGCAUUCUAACCAUUCGAGAAACUAGUUAUAUGAGAAAGGCUAAUGUAAAAAGUAACCGUAAGAGAUAGACAUAACAUAGAUUACAUACAUUUGGCGUUGCAAUAAAUACAGCAGGCAUUGUAACGCUAUAGGCAUCAAUAUAUUGCAUAAAAACAGUCAAAUGAAACGCGCUUUGCAGGAAACAUUGUGGACAAGCAAGGCUUACUAAAUGUAUAGAAUGGAACUUGUUUCCACUGUAAACAUUAAUCUAAACAAAAAUCGCGAAAUGGUUGCUAUGAAAACGCACGCUAGUGGUCAGUCCUUAUGAAAUACUAAACAGAAAAUAUACUUGAACAAUCAUGUUGAACCUUUUACAGAUCCUGUUCUUCAUCUAUGGUAGUUUGUUGAUAUCGAUUGGUUGUUUGUGAGAAGUUUGAUUCUGUUCAGAGAAAACAAACGUAGAUUAUCCUAUUAUUGCAGGGUGCGACUAUUUCGUUUACCCUCAUUCGGAAUUCGACGUUUUUUUCUGUAUCUUACAUCGUCAACCCAGGAGCCUCGUUGUAGUUGUAGAUACUCGUGAAAAUCGCAUUCACGUAAUCUACUAGACAACUACUAACUGAAAAUCAUCUUUCUCUAUCACAUUCUCAAUGUGCUGAAUCUUAGCUUACAUGCACAUUAAAAACAAAACAGAAAACUGUAGAUGGCGCCUCGCUAGAAAUGAGUAGAUAGUUCAUAGUAAGAGCCGAAAAGUUGUGACUACCCUGUUUUAGUCACGUCGCGUCAAAACUCUAGUGUGUAAAAUCGAUAUUACAUUUUGAAUUUAUCUCAUCGUCAAUCACAGUUUUCAUAUUCGCUGUAGAAAUCGUAAACAAUAUUUUUUUACGGAUCUAUAAUGUCACUGUGCACUAGCCUACCCAGUUUCUCGAACAAAAAGUCAAGCCCCCCAAUAGCUUCUUUGCGUGUUAGAACCCUGUACAAUAGUAGCGCACAUAGCGGUUUCUAACGGAACUAAUCCUACUACGGAAGCACUCUUUUCCUAAAUCAAGCCCAAACGGCUGAAAAACAUGCACAUUUAUCAUUUUUUAGAUAGACGCAAAUGUGUUCAAAGUCAUCACAAAGUAAAAACAUCGUUCCAACUAGUUCAUACUACUAGGCAAGUGUUCCCGGCACUGUUUAGAGAUAAAAUUAGAGCAAAAGCGCGCAAUUUUAGUGCAUUAUCAUCCCCACCCCCACCCACAUUAUUGAACCUCACCACAGUCUACAAAAUUGAUUACAAUCUACGAUGAUACCAAGAAUGAUUAAAUAUUGUAGCCGCUUGGGUUCACAUUAUAAAACAGCUUACUGCGCCCUGGUAGAAACCCAGUAAGAUAACGAACAGAGAAAAAUGUCUAAACUGAAUAAACCGUCUUUCCGUGCGCGAGUAUAACAGCGAUUCACUUCAUUUGUUUUUAUUGCCGCAAUACGCCACUUACAAGACUACACCGUACGACAAAGGGGAUUCAAUCAAAAUGCAUCUCAGAUUAUUGGAUCCCCAUAAACAAAAUGUGAACAAAAGAUAGUUGUAUAAUCAAGCAUUUUUCGAAAUCCAUUUUCAUUUGAUUAAAAUAUGAAAAUCAAAACCAGAAAUAGGCGAAACCAUAAUCUAGGCUUUUUAUAAGUGAUUUUCGUAAAAAAAAGAAACAAAAACGCAAAAAAUAAAUACGCUACACUUAGAUGUAAAUACGAGUGUUUGAAACUAAAACAAAAUAUCGUAAUAAAAGCAAAGCAGAACUUAAUUUUAGGUAAUACCGUGAAAUACAAAAAAGAAUACAUACAACUCGAUAAACAACAACCAUCUGUUCAGUCAUCUUUAAACAAGUUCACAUACGGAAUAAAUACCAGCAUACAAUGAAAUAAACUUUAAUAAAAAAACAGAACAAAUGCCUCAAAAUAUGUUGCGUUAAGUUUACGGUUUAGGUAGUGGUGAAUAUUAUUACUCUAAUUUAAGAAGAAGAAAAACUAAAACAGCGCAAAAACAUCACAAGGUACAUAACGUAAAGAGGUUCUUUUCCGCUCCCUAACUAGAAACGGUAUAGCUUAAAAAAAUAGAGGAUACUGUUGAUGAUAAACCACAAAAAAAACACAACAUCACAAACAGAAAACCAUAGGUUGUAACGUGCUGCUACAUUUUACCUUAGAUAUAAUGAAACAAAUCAGAAACCCUUCUGCCCAAUUUGGUGAAUUUGCUUUUGUCUGCGCUCUGUAGCAAAGUUUUUACGCCAUGUAACUUGUGAUAAAUAAAAUCUAGAAGAUCGGCGAUCGGCCAGCUAAACACGUUCACGUCAGAAAGGAAAAAGGGCAGUAGAAAGAAUAUUGAUUGAACACGUAUUCACGAAUACAGAUCGUUAGUAAGAACAGGUGUGCGUGUAUAUGUGCGCGUGUGAGUGUGCGCGCAUGUGUGUGUUUUUUAUUGAAGUAAGUUUCUCGCAUAGGCAGCGCCUCCAGUAGAACGCGUAUAUUGUGUUCUUUUUUUUUUGAUACAUGACUGCAACAAUUGAAUCGGUUUUGUUUAAUCCCUUUUUCGAUUUGUUCACUUGUUGUAUCUACGCGUAGAAUUGUUAUACUAAAUAUCGUAUGCGGUGACGAAUAGCUUAAAGUUGUGCUAAAAUCAAAUCGAUCUAUUACUCCAGCCCGAAGCCACAUAAAUUAUGUGCUAAAAGUCAGGUGCCGUACUUAAAUGUAGUAUAGCAAAAAACAUAUGUGUAUCUUUGUUUAUCUUCGUUUAUAUUGGUAUGUAUUGUUUACGACACUCGAGAUAAGAUUGACGCAAGGAAAUGUUGUUAAUGUUAAUAUUAUUGUUAAUUAUAAAUUGAAAUAAAAAAUCGAAUCAGUAA